AGGUGAAAGACAUCGAAGACGCCUUGCGACAAAUUAAAGACCGUGUGUCGCGAUCCCGACAUUUUCAAGACCAGAUCCGAGCUUUUGAAUUUCGAGAUCGGUCCAUCGCCGAACACAAUUUUGAACGAGUCAACUUCUGGUCGGUGGUGCAAUUUCUUCUCAUGGUUGGGGUAGGGAUAACCCAAGUGGUCAUGGUUCGUAGUUUGUUUGAUGAAAAAUCAUAUUUACAUGGGAUUUGGAAACGCUUUUGCUGACACCCACUGACCUGUCUAAGCCAACUCAAAUCUGGUCGAUCUGGCCCAACUCAAAUCUCGCAUUUGGGCCAAAAUGGAGGUGAAAACAAGUCUUUAACCCGAUGUUUGAUUGCUGGAAUCAGUCAUGUAUUUUCAAGUCACAACACAAAAGCGAUGGAAAGUAAUACAAAAACUGCUUUGAAGGUCAUGAAACUAAUAAAACAUGGUUGAUUUUUUAACCCA